UGCUAAAAUUCUCCCCCAACAUGCAACUUUGGACGUCCCUUUGGCUGCGUUAACACAGUCAGAUGAAUUUGGAUCUUCUUUCUUUUACCACUAAUUGGUCUUUUGAUCAAUUAGAUCAGCUCUAAUGCUAAUAAUUGGGCAAAAGAUCAGAAUUAGGCUGUCUGUGUAAAUGCGGCCUUUGACAUAAACUGUAUCCCAUCUAGCCAAUCGCAUUAAAAAAAAAUUGCGAACUAAUCUGAAUGGCUAAAAUACCAAUUAGUGGGAAAAAAAAUAUUAGAAUUGCAGCCUGUUGGCCAGCUGGCCAUGUUGGUUAGAUAAUUGAUUACUGGUAGUUGCUUGUUUGUACCUCGUGCUCUGACGCAAACUCAACUCCCAAAAUAUUGCUAUCCGUGGUUAGCAGCGAGCAAAACGGCGGAGAAAGUGUGCGCGCCAAAGUGUUUUUGUUUACAAAUUCGCCAUGGCCCAAAGUAUUGAAGGUGACAGGCGCAGGUCGGGUCAGACUGGGAAAAGUCUAUGCCAAUGCCAGAGUCCCCAUGACAACGAUAAUGUGGUCAUACACGACCCUGAAUGCAGCGCCAUACUGGAACUAGAUUCUUCAGAAUCGUCUGAGGAAUCUUCAGAAGAAGACAUUGUGAAGUGUUCUACAGAGCCGGAGGUUGUAGGCCCAGCCAUGGAGCUGGAAAGGAGGAUAGAGGAGAUGAGGAGGCGAAAUGAGGCUUUGCUGAAAAGGUUCAAAGAAGUUGAGGAGGACAGGAGAAGGGCUGAGCGUAGGGGGGCAGCCCUGCUUCCCAAAAGCACCAAACUGGUCAAAACCAGUUCAGCUCAUACCACUGAUGUGUCGGACCAGUGGGAGAGCCUCACCAUCACCGUAAUGAACCAGGUGCCAACCCAGAAGGACACCCGUUUGGUGGCAAGGCGGUCUAAUGGAGGCAGAAGGCAGCCCAAAUCACGGAGGUUGGAGGACCGCCUGGAAAAGAGAUGUGGGGAGGAGAAACACAUUUUGGAGGAAAGGCAACUGAUAAUCUGCACUAUAGACAACGGUGAGGAUGCAGGAGACUACUGCACUGACCACAGUGGCAGCACAUCGGACGUAGAGAGGCGAGAGUACCUACGCUGGAAGAGACGCAACCGCUCGAUUGUGGAACUGCUCGACCAGGACAAUCUGGCAGUACACCUACAGAGCAGCAAGGAGCAGAUGGAACUGGUCGACCAGGACGACCUGGCAGUACACCUACAGAGCAGCAAGGAACAGAUGGAUCUGCUCGACCAGGACGACCUGGCAGUACACCUCCAGAGCAGCAGGGAGCAGAUGGAACUGCUCGACCAGGACGACCUGGCAGUACACCUCCAGAGCAGCAGGAAGCAGCGUAAGAAGGCCCGUUAGCUGGACAAUGACACAAUUCUAAUUUUCUUGUUCAGUCAACCACUGUUUGUAUUUGUGCAUGUUUACUGGUGUAUUGCACUUUUUUUCUUGAUAUUUUCACUGUGAAUGUUAAAUUUUUCUGUACUUUAUAAAUGAGCAACCACAAGCUUUGUUCUUCUAUUUCCUCACACUUUCUCUGAUAGAGAAAGUAGAGGGAGAAUGAAGUUAACACUCAAUGUACUUGACUUCUCUAAAUUCUUAUUCUAGCAUGAUGCCCAGAGGGGAGAUGUACCACCAUGGUCCUUGAUUAAAAGUUGUCUUUACUCUGGGUUUUAUAUCCAAACCGUAACUUUGUUUGUACACUGAUAUGGUUCUGUUUAUGUGUAAUGAACUGUUCCCUGAAUUCCCCUGUUCUAAAUGUUAUUUUUUUGUCUGCGUAGCUGAUGUGCAAUUAGAUACAGGGAGGAGUCUUCCUGAAUGUGUUCCAAUAUAAAUGUUUUUUUUUUUGUUCUGUUUGGUUCUUAAAUGGUUUACAAAAAGAAUACUCACCUGGAGAACAACUACUGAAGUUUACCGACUGUCAUGUUAGGUACAAUAUAUGCCAUUGACCCAUUUUUGAUUGAAACCUCUUAAGGUAAAGUUUCAUUGGUAUAGUGGAAGCAAUUUAGUGGUCCUCGUUACGACAGAGAGAGAGUGGCUGUUCCGAUGUCGUUUGACCAGAUCAACGUGGCCUAGAUACGGUUGACACAAAUCCCAAGUCAUGGUAUCUAUAUUAUCAUUUUUCGCACAUCCCCGGGGAAACCUCCAAAGCAUGGAUUUCUGUUUUACCUUGUCCAUAGACUGCUUACAGGGUAAGGAAACAAAGUUAUUUGGGAGAACUAUGCCAUUAAUGGAUCUGGGUGGAUAGGUACUGUAUUGACAAGUAGAUUUUUUUUAUAUAUGCCAUCUCUGGUUAAUGUUUCUCAAUUAAAAUUAUUUGAACACCAAA